AUGGCUCCGCGCGUCAACGGGUUCCGCGACGCGGACGGGCGCCUCAGCAUGAACGCGCACCAGUGGCUCGGCAUCGGCGCGUACGCCUCGCUGGUGCUCGGGUUCUACCUGCUGCAGGCGCCCGCGGUUGGGGACUCGACGACGAGGCUCGCGCUCGAGAUCUGCUACGGCGCCGUCGCGCUCGUCGCCGCCUGCGCGUUCGUCAAGGCGGCGGCGGUGGACCCGGCGGACGACGACGACGACGAUGACGACGAGGCCGGGCUGUUCUGCCAGCUGUGCGAUCGUAACGUGCACGCCGGGAGCAAGCACUGCCGCGCGUGCGACAAGUGCGUCGCGCACUUUGACCACCACUGCAAGUGGCUGAACAACUGCGUCGGCGCGAGGAACUACCACAGCUUCUUCGCCCUCGUCGCGACGGUGCUGUGGCAGGUGUUGGGACAGCUGUGCGCGGGGGCUUGGCUCCUCGCGUGGGUGAGCCGAAACCCCGCGCGCGCGGACGCCCUGCUCGACGACGACGCCCGAUUUCCGUCGCACCUGACGCGACUCGAGUUUCAAGCCGCGCUCGCCGCGUAUCUGCUCCUUUGCGUCUGCCUCGGCUACCUCGUCGGGGACCUCUUCGCCUUUCACGUCUUACUCAUCCGACGCGGCAUGACCACGUACGAGUACAUCGUGUCCCGCAGGGAGGCGGACGACGACGACGGGCGAGGGGGGGGACGCGACGGGGCUGGUGGAGCGAGGCGAGCCGAUUGGAAAGUCGCCAAGGGGGGCGACGUGCUUCGAUGCGGGUGGUGCGCCGGGAACAGGGUCGGCGUCGGCGACGAAGACGACGGGGACGCGACGGGAGGGGGGACGCGACGGAAGAGGAAGAGGGUCGCGGUGUCGUGCGUCGGUCUUCUCUUCGCGCGCGGCGUCGGCGUCGGCGGCGUCGGCGUCGGCGCGAAUGAUGCGCCGGGUCGCCAGGGUCGUCGCCGGGGCGGAUCCUUUGACGGCCCUCGGGGCGUCACGGAAUCGUCGUCGUCGGCGGGUAAGCCGUCGCGAGCUUCGGGGGACGCGGACGGCGCGCAGGGCGACGUCGCCUCCGGCACCGGGCGACGCGGGAGGGAGGAGGGGUACCGGGUGAGCGGGCUGGGCGGCGCCAUGGAGGAUGAUGACGCGAUGGACGACGACGACGAUUUCGGCCCGCAUGGGCUUCGAGGGUUGCGGCCGCCGUCGGAGAGCCUCGGGUCGUUGCGUGCGCCGGGGGCGGUGGGAGGCGGGAGCGCGAGGGGGGGGACGGGGAUCGGGCGAUCGGGCUCGGGCGUGAGGCCGGUGUCGGCGCGCGAGUAGUGA